GAACUCAGCGCUAAAUACAUCCCCUGCACGGACAAGGCGCAGGCUCAGAGUGCAGUUGUUACUCAGGUACAUGGCAAUAUUCUACAUAGCAAUAGGAAUGCUGUGGUGUUUAUAAACCAGGGGUUUAUCAACGUGGUGCCAGUCGUGGGGGAGGAACUCAGCGCUAAAUACAUCCCCUGCACGGACAAGGCGCAGGCUCAGAGUGCAGUUGUUACUCAGGUACAUGGCAAUAUUCUACAUAGCAAUAGGAAUGCUGUGGUGUUUAUAAACCAGGGGUUUAUCAACGUGGUGCCAGUCGUGGGGGAGGAACUCAGCGCUAAAUACAUCCCCUGCACGGACAAGGCGCAGGCUCAGAGUGCAGUUGUUACUCAGGUACAUGGCAAUAUUCUACAUAGCAAUAGUGAAUGCUGUGGUGUUUAUAAACCAGGGGUUUAUCAACGUGGUGCCAGUCGUGGGGGAGGAACUCAGCGCUAAAUACAUCCCCUGCACGGACAAGGCGCAGGCUCAGAGUGCAGUUGUUACUCAGGUAAUGUGGUGUACUCUGGGCUGGGAACCCGUUCUGGUGAUCACCUCGAGUCUUGGGCUCCAGGUAUUUGACGUUGGAGGGCUGGAGUGCAGGUUCUCUCAUCCGUGCGCAGACCCUUCGCCUCCCGCGGAAUCUUUUGCACGUGGCCUUGCUACCAUUUGCAACGAGUUCUUGUGUGUCGGGAAUGCUAGCGGUUGUGUGAGAGUGUUCGGCCUGGUGGGAGAGGAUGCGGAGCUGGUGUUUGUGGACCGGAAGCAGGAACACUCGGAGGCCAUCACGGACCUGGCAGCCAACAAGGAUCUCCUGGUCUCCGCAGACGAGGGCGGAUCAGUCGUGUUGUGGAACUUGACGGGAGAGGAACUUCUGAAAGGAUAUAGCCUCCCAGAGUACAGGACGGCGUGUACCGGUGUGAAACUGCUGCAGGAGUUCUUGCUGGCUGCAUACGGCUCGGGUCACCUGAGGAUGUUCUCUGUGGACCCCACGAAGCCACCUGCUCUAAUGUGCGAGGUCGCCGCCCACGCUCGUUGGCUCACGGCUCUGGACGUUGCUCCUGACUCGAACCUAGCUCUUACCACCUCAGAGGACUCUUUCGUCCGCGUCUGGGAGAUAGUACGAGGAGAAACAACAAUUCUCAAGCAAAAGUUCUUUACGCAAGUGGAAGAUGCAUUUCUGGUCGGUGGACGGUUUUUGACCAGCACUGGAUCUGCGUUCUGCGUAUCGGCGUAUGAGAGCAAUUUGAUAUAUUGCUUCAAGUCAUAAUAAACUACAUAUCCUAUAUAUCUACAUACUAACAUGUUAACUACAGUAUGUAACAAUUAAAUGGAAACAACUUACUUAUGUAUACUAACUUUCAUUGUUACAGGAAGAAAUUCAUUGAUUAAACUGUCACUAGUUUUAUUAAGUAUGUAAACGCGUGAUUAUGAAACAUUUCCCUCUUAUGAUAUUUUACAUUAACUUUUUAAAAAUUUAAGAGUUUGGAAGAAGAAUAAUGUAAGAAAUAAGAAUGUAAUAGUAUGUUAAAAGUUAAUAAAGUUUAAUAAUCAAUCAGGAAA